UCUCUAUCUCUCUGCUUUUUAUUUUCAAAUAAAUACUGGUUCACACUCUCACAGUGAGCUCUCUCUCUCUCUCUCUCUCUCUCUCUCUGGGUUUCUGAGAGAAGUGAGAGGAGACAAAUGGAGAGAGAGACGAAGAGGAGAUGGGGACGUGGUGGUGGUGAAGAAGCUCAGAAAUGGGAAUUGGGGGAUUUGGUGCUCUCAUGGUCCGUAGGAGACAUUCUCAACGAGGCCCUCUACGAUAACCAGGUGGAGAAGAUACCGGAAGUUUUUGAGUCAAUUCCAAAGUAUUUUGAAUCAUAUGCCGCUCCUUUGUUAGAAGAAACACGCGCAGAGCUAUGCUCUAGCUUGGAGUCGAUCUCCCAAGCUCCUCAUUCACAAAUCCGAUGUAUAGAGGCGGCGGAGCCGUCAUCGUCCAAAACAUCGAAGCCUUCAUAUUACAUUGAUGUCGACUUUUGGGAGAACGAAUCUACUGCCGCUGCCGCUGAAAGCUAUAAGGCGAGGAAUGGUGACGUCUUUGUAUUGUCAAGCAUUAAACCUGAAUUUGCUGAUGAGUUUGGUAGAUACGGCGUUACGUACUGUGUUGCGAUGGUCACUGAGGUGGCGAUGGAUGAGGAGUAUCAGAAGGGGUUCAAAGUGAAAGCCUCAAAGAGCAUUGAUGUAGAAGGCGACUUGAACAAGUACAAUUUUGCUAUUUUUCUCGCUAACAUUAUGUCGAAUAUUCGGAUAUGGAGAGCUAUUCACUUUGAUACAGGGAUGAAUUGCAACUUCAGUAUUAUAAACAAAGUUUUGCGCCCUCGAAAUAUGGUUAAUGGCAAAUGCAAUAUAUGCAUUACACGAGAUGAAUAUUUGUUUUUGGAAAAUUUAAUGUCUAUGAAUCUCAAUCAGUCGCAAAUGGAUGCAGUAAAAGACGCAAUUUCGACUGUUCAAUGUGAGCAUUCAAACUUCGUGAAGCUUAUUUGGGGCCCUCCUGGUACGGGAAAGACGAAGACUGUUGCGGCUAUACUAUGGGCUCUCUUGCAUAUGCAAUGCCGAACGCUUAUAUGUGCCCCGACUAAUGUUGCUGUGCUUGGAGUUUGCUCUCGCCUGCUUCAGUUGCUAAAGCAUUUCAGUGCGCAUGAUAGAGUGAAUGGUUCUCUCUGUUCUUUAGGAGAUGUGCUUUUAUUUGGGAAUAGGGAUCGUAUGGAAAUUGACGAUGAACUUUGUGAUGUAUUUUUGGAUUAUCGCCUUGACCAACUUGUUGAAUGCUUUGUGCCAUCAUCUGGAUGGAAGCAUAGCAUAGCUUCAAUGAUUAGCUUACUUGAGGACAGCAGCUCUCAAUAUGAUAUGAUUCUUGCUACCACAAAGGAAGAGAGUAUAACUUUUCUAGAGUUUAUUGGAAAGCAAUUCGAUGCUGUUGCAUUACGUCUCCAAAGUUGCUUAAGGAAUUUGUGGGUACAUCUUCCUAGAAAGUGCUUUUCACGUGAGAAUUCUAUUAACAUGUUUGCCCUAAUGGAUUUGCUCGGGACAUUUUCUCAACUCUUAUCUAAUGAAGAUUUGACUGAUGAUGAUGCAAAAAAGGUCUUCUGGAAAGGGGAAUUAGAAGCCAAGUAUACCAUGGAUGACUCUAAAUCUUCUCACAUUCGAUCUUCUGCAAGACAGGCAUUGGAUGAAGCAAGAGUUAAGUGUGUUCGCUUAUUGAAAGCUCUUCAAGGCACUCUUGAUUUUCCUCACACUGCUGAUAAAAUGGUUGACGAGGCUGCUCAGCUUAAAGAGUGUGAGUCAGUGAUACCGCUCCGGCUUCAUUGGUUAAAGCAUGCAAUUCUGGUAGGAGAUGAAUGUCAGUUGCGUGCUACAGUGAAGAGCCAGGUUUGUACAAAGGCUGGUUUCGGAAAGAGCCUUUUUGAAAGAUUGGUCUCACUGGGUUAUGAUAAGAAUCUUCUUAACAUCCAAUACCGGAUGCAUCCUGCAAUCAGCUUCUUUCCAAACGCUAGGUUCUAUGAGAAGAAGAUUUUAGAUGGUCCGAAUGUUAAAGACGGUAACUAUAACAAGAAUUAUCAGGAUUUUGAGUUUGGUCCCUAUGCUUUUAUUAACAUUGCUGAUGGCAGAGAAGAGUUGGAUGGUGUCAGAAACAGCCGGAAAAACAUGGUUGAAGUUGCUGCUGCUUUGCAUUUGGUCGGAGUUCUCUUCAAAUCAUGGCAGACUACACAGCAAAAGCUCAGCAUUGGUGUGGUGUCUCCGUACAGUUCCCAAGUAAAUGCAAUUAAGGACAAGCUUGGAGACAAGUAUAAUUCUUACAGUGGGUUUGACGUAAGAGUGAAGUCCAUUGAUGGAUUUCAAGGUGAAGAGGAUGAUGUGAUUAUACUUUCAACUGUGAGGUCCAACAACAAAGGAACUAUUGGGUUUCUAGAAGAUAAUCAAAGGACAAAUGUUGCUCUGACAAGAGCUAGGCAUUGUCUUUGGAUUUUGGGAAAUGCUAGUACGUUAUUGAGAAGUGGAACAAUAUGGGCGGAACUAGUUCUUGAUGCUCAAAAUCGGAAAUGCAUAUCCAAUGCUAAUGAUGAUCCCAGAUUGGCUAAAGUAAUUUUACAUAUAAAGCAUGAACUCGAUCAACUCGAUGAUUUGCUCAAUUCGGAUUCAGUACUUCUUAACAAUGCUAGUUGGAAGGUACUUUUCAGUGAUGAGUUUAGAAAGUCUUUUGGAAAGCUGAAAUCGAAAACGCUCCAAAGGGAAGUGCUUCAUUUACUUUUGAGACUUGCUAGUGGUUGGCGGUCAAAAAGAGAAAAUCGUCAUUUGGCAGAUUCUUUUCAGCUCGCUAGAAUAUAUAAGAUCAGCGAUCUUUAUCUUGUAUGGAGUAUUGACAUAGAAAAGCAUGAGAGAUAUAUCCAAAUUAUAAGGGUGUGGGACAUCCUACCUUUGGCACAAAUUGAGAAACUUAUUAAACGUCUCGACCAUAUAUUUUCAUUGUAUACAGAUAUUUAUAUGGAUCACUGCAAAGCCAUACGUUUGGAACGGACGGUUGAAGUUCCUAUGAGUUGGGAUGUUGGCCGUGAUAUUAUCCGCUAUAAAAGGAUCAGUAAAUGUGGUUCUGAACUGACAGAAGAAGACGAUAGCAAUAUGGAAACAUUAAAUGUUAUGGAAAAUUCUAAAGUUAGUGAGAGCCUGCUACUGAUGAAGUUUUACGCUUUAUCGUCAGGGGUGGCAAAACACUUGCUCACAGCAAGGGAUGGGUCUGAACUAAAUGUACCUUUUGAGUUGACUGAUCAAGAAGAGGAGAUAAUUCGUUUUCCCCAAAGUUCUUUCAUACUGGGGAGGUCUGGGACUGGGAAAACGACUAUAUUAACCACGAAGUUAGUUCAAAAGGAGCAGCGGCACUUUAUUGCAUCAGGAGGACUCAAGUCUGGGAAAGCUGUUCUUUCUGAGGCCGCAGUUGAUGAUGUUGAACAAAAUGAGGAUGUGGGGUCUAGCGAAGGAAAUUUCGUAAGGCAGAUUUUUAUUACUGUUAGCUCAAAACUUUGUUCAGCUAUAAGGAGCCACAUAUGCCGACUUAGAAGCUUUGCUACUGGUGGUGACACAUCUAGUACUAUGAAUUCUCUUGGUUUGGAUGAUAUCAGUGAUAGCCUUGAUGAUUUUCUUGAUAUUCCCGACAGUUUUUCAGAACUACCACAAAAACACUAUCCUCUGGUUAUAACAUUCCGGAAAUUCUUGAAGAUGCUUGAUGGAACCAUGAGGAUUUCAUUCUUUGAUAAAUAUUGUAGUGAAUGGGGAGUUUCCUCAUCAGAAAGAGGAGUAUCAAAGUCCCUUGCAUUGCAAACUUUUAUACAAAGUAAGGAAGUCGACUAUGAAAAAUUUGCAGGGUCCUACUGGCCCCAUUUUGACGCAGAUAUGACUAAAAAACUCGACCCAUCGACUGUUUUUACUCAGAUAAUUUCUCACAUAAAGGGUGGCAGUGAAGCUGGCAAGUUUCAAGAAGCUAAACUUGAAAGAGAAGAGUAUAUCAUGCUAUCUAAUAAACGGUUCUCAACAUUGGGAAGCAAAACCAGAGAGAUAAUAUAUGACAUUUUCAUCGAUUACGAGAACAAGAAACGAAUGGCUGGAGAGUUCGAUCUGUCUGAUGUUGUCAAUCACCUUCACAAACAACUUAGCUGUGCUGGUUUUACAGGUGAUAAAUUAGAUUUUGUCUACAUUGAUGAGGUUCAGGACCUUACGAUGAGACAGUUAGCCCUUCUCCGAUAUGUUUGCAUGAAUUUUGAGGAAGGGUUCACUUUUGCUGGAGACACAGCUCAAACGAUUGCGAGGGGAAUCGACUUCAGGUUUGAAGAUAUUCGCUCUCUUUUCUAUACAGAAUUCCUUUCGAGAUCGGAAAUUCUUAAUCAGGACAGCAAGAAAAAGGAAUUCACGAUGGCUGAUAUGUUCCAAUUAAAUCAGAAUUUUCGUACGCAUUUUGGUGUUCUGAAACUGGCACAGAGUAUCAUGGACCUUCUGUACUAUUUUUUCCCUGUAUGUGUUGACAAACUGUCUCCAGAGACUAGCUUGAUAUAUGGAGAAGCUCCUGUUCUGCUUGAAUCGAGUAAUGAUGAGAAUGCUAUCGUAACAAUCUUUGGAGAGAGCAGAAACACAACAGGUAGUUCGAGUGGAUUUGGAGCUGAACAAGUCAUCCUCGUGCGUGAUGAUUGCGCCAAAAGGCAAAUUUUGGAAUUUGUUGGUGAACAAGCUCUUGUUUUAACCAUAGUUGAGUGCAAAGGCCUUGAAUUUCAGGAUGUUCUGCUUUAUAAUUUUUUUGGUGCAUCCCCAUUGAAAAAUAAGUGGAGAGUUGUAUAUGAGUAUAUGAAUACCCGCAAUAUACUUGAACCCUGUAGGACAAGGUCAUUUCCUUCAUUUGAUGAAGCAAAGCACAAUCUUCUUUGCUCAGAGCUGAAGCAACUAUAUGUCGCUAUUACCCGGACACGACAAAGACUUUGGAUUUGUGAGAAUAGUGAUGAAAACUGUAAACCCAUUUUUGAUUACUGGAAAAAGUUAUGUCUGGUCCAAGUAAGGCACUUGGAUUCAGCUCUUGUUCAGGCAAUGCAAACGGCAAGCAGUGCUGAGGAUUGGAAGUUACGUGGUAUCAAGUUAUUCCAUGAGGGGCAUUUUGAGAUGGCCACUAUGUGCUUUGAAAAGGCUGGUGAUGAAUUCAGAGAAAAGUGGGCGCGGGCGGCAGGCCUCGUACUAACGGCUGAGCAGGUUAUUUCUACGAAUCAAGAAAUGGGUGAGGCUGCACUACUUAAAGCUGCUGAACUCUAUGAAAUCAUCGGCAAACCGGAGAAAGCUGCUACAUGUUAUAUCAAAUUGAAGGAUUACAUGAAAGCAGGUACCAUUUAUAUGGAGAAGUGUGGCAAAUCUAGGCUUGAAGAUGCUGGGGAUUGCUUUGCUAAAGCAGAAUGCUGGUCCCUUGCCGCUGAUCUGUACUCUCAAGCAAAGUGCUUCUUGAAGUGUAUCUCGAUUUGCUCCAAAGGACAACUAUUUGACUCUGGAUUACAGUAUUUAGAAAGAUGGAAGGAGGAAUCAUUUGUCGAUAAACAGAAUUACAAAGACUUCGAUGAAGUUCGAUUCACGUAUUUGGAGAACUGUGCUAUCCACUACUACGAGCGUGGAGAAAAAGAACGUAUGAUGGUUUCCGUUAAGGCUUUCCAAUCUAUGGAUCGAAUUCGGUCUUUUUUGACUUCUAAAAAUCUUCUUGAAGAGUUGCUUAAAGUGGAGAUUGAAAUGGGGAACUUCUUAGAAGCUGCAAAGAUUUGCAGAAGGAAAGGAGAUAUCCUACAAGAGGCAGAGAUGCUCGAGAAAGCUGGUCUUUUUGAGAAGGCUGUACGACUAAUUCUUUUUCACGUCGUUAUAAACUCACUAUGGAUUUCUGGAAGUGAUGGGUGGCCUCUAAAAAAGUUCACUGGAAAGGAGGAACUACUUAACAGAGCCAAAACUUUUGCA